AUGUCUGCGCCCAUCGGUGAUAUCGGCCUUAUUGGCUUGGCUGUCAUGGGUCAAAACUUGAUUUUGAACAUGAAUGAUAAAGGCUUCACCGUCGUCGCAUACAACCGUACCGUUAGCAAAGUCGACCACUUCCUUGCUAACGAAGCUAAGGGGACGAAAAUUCAAGGAGCGCACUCCAUCGAGGAGCUUGUAUCUAAGCUCAAGAAGCCUCGCAAGAUCAUACUUCUCGUGAAGGCUGGUCCUGCCGUUGAUGCAUUCAUCCAGCAGCUCGAGCCGUAUCUCGAGAAGGGUGAUAUCAUUAUCGACGGUGGUAACUCCCACUACCCCGACUCCAUCCGCCGCACCAAAGAGCUUGAGGCCAAGGGCCUCUUGUUCGUUGGUUCCGGUGUCUCCGGUGGCGAGGAGGGUGCUCGUUAUGGCCCCUCACUUAUGCCAGGUGGUUCUCCUGCUGCCUGGCCCGCUAUCAAGGAGAUUUUCCAGGCAACUGCUGCUCAGGUCAACGGCGAACCUUGCUGCGAUUGGGUCGGUGAGACUGGUGCCGGACACUAUGUUAAGAUGGUUCACAACGGCAUCGAGUACGGUGACAUGCAAUUGAUUGCUGAAGCCUAUGAUAUCUUGAAGCGCGGUCUUGGUUUAUCCGAAGACGAGAUCGCCGACAUCUUCUUGGCAUGGAACAAGGGUGUCCUCGACUCGUUCUUGAUCGACAUCACCGCGAACAUCCUCAAGUUCAAGGAUGACGAUGGUGAACCCCUUGUCACUAAGAUUCUCGACAAGGCUGGUCAGAAGGGGACUGGCAAGUGGACGGCCAUUGCUGCCCUUGAUGCCGGCAUGCCCGUCACUCUCAUCGGUGAGGCUGUGUUCGCCCGCUGUUUGUCCUCCAUCAAGGAGGAACGUGUUCGUGCCAGCAAGGCCAUCGCUGGCCCUCAAAAGGAGGUCUUCAAGGGUGACAAGAAACAGUUCAUCGACGACCUCGAGCAAGCGUUGUAUGCUUCAAAGAUCAUUUCUUACACUCAGGGCUUCAUGCUCAUGCGCGAGACCGCCAAGGAGCUCGGCUGGAACUUGAACUAUGCUGGGAUUGCGCAGAUGUGGCGUGGUGGUUGUAUCAUCAAGAGUGUAUUCCUUGGUGAUAUCACCUCCGCUUACCACAAGAGCGGCAAGCUCGAGUCGCUCCUGUUCGACGACUUCUUCAACAAGGCCGUCCAGAAAGCACAGCCUGGCUGGCGGCGCAUCAUCGCCCAGGCCGUCCUCUGGGGUAUUCCCACGCCUGCCUUCAGCACUGCCCUUGCCUUCUUCGACGGUUACAGGAGCGAAGUUGUUCCUGCUAACAUCCUGCAGGCGCAGCGUGACUACUUCGGUGCGCACACCUUCCGAGUAAUGCCCGGCAAGGAGAACGCGAAGCUCAAGGCCGGCGAGGACAUCCACAUCAACUGGACCGGCCGCGGCGGUAACGUAGCUGCCAGCACAUACAUCGCUUGA